AUGGUCAGGCAACAACUGGACGGUGCAACGCAACCUCACGAUCAGUUUCAGGUUGCUGGUCCAGACGGUCCUCUUGUUCUUGGAGCUGGUGAAGAUCUGAUUCUGCCCUGUUCUCUCAAACCCAACAUCAGUGCUGUGGACAUGAGAGUGGAGUGGUAUAGACUCCAUACAUCAGACUCACUGGUCCAUUUAUACAAAGAUGGUGUUGACAGAAAUGAAAAUCAAAUUCUGUCUUACAGAGGGAGGACAUCACUGUUUAAAGAUGAACUGCAGAAAGGCAACGCUUCAUUAAAACUCUCCAGAGUGAAAGUCUCUGAUGAGGGAAAAUAUAAAUGUUUAAUCCAGUCUGUAAACUGGUAUGAUGACACAACUGUUCAAGUCAAUGUUGAAGUUCUGGGAACGCAACCAGUGAUCUCUAUGGAGGGCUACAGUAUUGGUAAAGGACUGAGUCUACUGUGUGAAUCAAAUGACUGGAGGCCUGAACCUGAAGUUGUGUGGCUGGACAAUGAUGGAAACCCUCUCCCUGCUGAAGAUACAGAGACACUCAGAGACCCAGAAAGAUUCCAUGUUAAAAAACGUGUCACUGUACAGGACAGUAACACCAACAGAUUCUACUGCAGAGUAAUACUGAGAGACCAUAUGAAGGAGACAGAGAUUGUUAUAUCAAAGCAGGAAGUGGAGAAGGAGGAGAGGGAAGGCUUUGACAAGGAAAAACAGAAUGCAGUACAAAAUGAGGAUGUGACUCUGGAUUCUGAUACAGCUCAUCCACUACUCAAUCUGUCUGAAGAACCACAGGAGCUCUUAGAAAAUGAAAAGAGGGCUGUUGAAAGCGAGAGUGUCCUAGGAAAGGAAGACUUCCCCUCGGGGAAAUUUUACUAUGAGGUGCAAACUUUCACUGAGAAACUCUAUCCAUACUUUGCUCCCUAUCAUCAUGAAGAAGGUAAAAACUCAGCUCCACUGAUCAUCACUCCUGUCAGUCACACUGAAUGA